UUAACCCACUGAGCAAGGCCAGGGAUUGAACCCGCAACCUCAUGGUUCCUAGUCAGAUUCAUUAACCACUGAGCCACGACGGGAACUCCUGUUUCUCAUUCUUGUUGUGAGCCACACGGGAAGUCCCUGUUUCUCAUUCUUAAGCGAAUCUUUUCCCUUUGACUUAUCCUGGUGAUGCCCAUUGACCAAAAACCACCAGGAUCCCACCUAUCCAGUGAUCUUACAGAGUUACAACGGGAAGUAUUAACUAAGUAUAUUCUGUCCCUUGGUUUGCUAAGAGGCUAUAAAGACUAUAGAUUAUCCAUGACAUUCCCAGGUAGUGUAUUUAAACUGGUUUGUUGGACUUCCACAGCAGAAGAUUAGGCAAAAUUUGGAUCACUUUUCUAAUGGUAUUAUUCUUGCUUUUGGAGUAGUAGUUCUACACGGUAUACAUAAAGAGAGUCAGUUAAUCACUUCUGAGAGCUCUCCUGAAUAGCUAAUACCUGUUUCAUUUUGGAAGUCUCAUUAUCUUCCUAAAGGAAACAUGCUACACUGGAGAGAAAAGGGCUUUACAUAUCAGCCUCUUAAUUAUUCCAUAAACCCAAGAUAGGUUUGGAUGUAGGAGGUGAACCAAAGCCUGGUGUUGAUGUCAUAAUUCCUGAUGAGUUACAGAUAAUAUCAAGCAUAUAAAUGUAUUUUAUCACAGCGAGAGUGAGCCAAUAAUUGUUUCCUUGAGGUGGGCACUUUCUGUGGAGUUUGGUUCCUGCACAGAAGUCUGGGAAAUCUUGGAGAAAACGACCAGUGCAGUGAGAAUCGCUCCAGCAUUUGUUCCCUCCCCUGGUGAGACUGGUUCUGGUGACAGUGCUAUAUGAUUAUAGCCGAAGUAUUUUGUUGACUUGGAAUAAAGUUCCUUGUUUUUACAGUAAUGAAGAUUGAGGCUUUUGGUAUAAGGAAAAUUCAAAUAUCCGAGAACUUUGGGAGGAAAGUGGUCUGAGGAUUUUAAAGGAACAAUUGUUAAAUCUUUUACAGUGGAAUUUAACAGACUCAGAGUCAAGUUCCGCUGUAGAAGAUUUAAUACCUAUGCCUUUAAACUCCUGAGGUGUCCAAUUUCCUCCCAAAGGUCCCUUCCGCCAUGUGAGGGUACGUGGAAACCUCUGUGACCUGGAAGUGGGCCCACAGCUGACUACGUUGGCACCUUGAUCUUGGACCUCCAGCCUCCAGAACUGUAUGACUAUGCUGGAAGGCAAAGUCACACGCUUUACCUACAGGACAAAUCACCAUGAAUACAGCAGUUACAAAUGCAGUGUGGUUCAGGAAGAAAAGAGACCUGCUGAAGACCCGGCAUCUAGCGGCCUGAGGACUGGAGAUGUUGGACACCAUUGUCCCUUCUCUGCCGGACCUGGGCAGGCAUGUGCUGCCCACACUGCCCUCGCUGAGCCAGGAAGAAGUCUCUACUAUUUGGGGGAAUGUGUCAGAAUUUGUGGAACGGCAGCUAUCCCUGCACAAGGGGGUUCAUAUUCCAGGACUGGGAACUUUCACUUUCAUGAGACAAAAACUGGAGGUGGGAAACAACAAAUUUAUUCUAAUUCAGAGACCCAUGUUUAUCAUGGCGGAGAAGUUAGUACAGAUCCACGGACUCAAACAAAACAAAGCAUAUACUCCUGGUGACAUCCCAGUUGUUCCACUUAACUUUGUCAUGAUAUCUCUGGAGGGUCCAUUUACCAGAGAUGUAGUGGAAGGAUGCGUGAAGGAGACAUUGCUUUUUUUAUCACGAUCCAUUUCCACCAAACAAAACGUGGAGUUUACAUUCAAAGGAAUUGGGGUCCUCGUGAUCAAAGACGGCAAAGUCAAGAUGAGAUUCUAUAAGGACUUCCUUUGUACAAUGGAUGGAAGUGAGACUUUGGCAAAAGCCCUAACAAACAGGCCUGGCACAGUGGACUCAGUGUUGUCUAGCAGAGAGACCUUGGGGAAGCGGCCCAACAGCGUGCUUGCAUUUCCAAGGGUUGAGUUCAAGGAAAUGGAGAACAAACCACUUAUGGAAACCAUUGUAGAAGAAGAUCGAAAGAGUAAACAAAAAAGUAACAAGUUAAAAGACCAGCCAGACAAGGAAGAAGGCAUCCCAGAGAUCUUAUCACCCAAGGUAACUCAAGAUAGACAAGCUGUCUCACCUGCCAAGGCAACAAACCUCAGUUUGCCAAACAAAUUGGAGCAGAAUGGGAAGAAUAUGAACCUUGAAAGCCUAUCAUUUCCAGGUGGUGUGAAAAAUGACAAUGAAAUGACUCAAAUGUCUCCAGCCCUUUCUUGCCAGGAUCAUAAUAGGGCAGGACAGGAAAUGUGUUACGUAUGCUUGCAACGAGCCCAGCGGAAUACUCCACUGUACUGCAGUGAGGAGAGGCGGAGGAAGGAGGUGGAGGAUGAGCGGCUCAUACAGCAGUACCAAAUGCUGAAAGACCAGGAGGCUCUCUUUAAAGAGCAGAUGAGAAGUCUGGCUAGUAGGGAACAGAAUCAAAAAAAUGCUGCUUAUAAUCUUGGAGUUGCUGAAGCUAUAAGAAUCCACAAGAAUGAGAAACCUGAAUUUUAUAAAUCCUUCCUGUUUGAUAAACGGCCACUCAGUCCUGAGAUUAAUGCUUUUAAGCAAGAGGCAUAUUCCCAAAGUCUCCUAAAACAAGUGGAUUGCAGACGGGGAAAGGAUAUAAAGCAGAGACAGAACAGAGAGUUGAUGGAUCGCCUGGAACAAGUGCAGCUCACAGAGGAACUUGCUGCACAAAGAGCCAAAUAUAUAAAAGAUAAGAUGGAAGAAACACAGUGUUACAAGAGAGCUUUGGAUGCACAGAUAAAGAACAGAUACCCCCAGCUGCCCAUGUUUGAGCCAGACUCUUCUGAGCCCAUCUUUGGGAAGAAUGAGGGUGAGCUGAUGAUGGAAAGGCGAAAGCGAGAACAGAAUUGCCUGAAGCACCAGCUGGAGGCAGCUGCUAACCACAAGAGGAAAGCCAUCCUGCACCAGCUGGUGGACCAAAAGCGGGACUUGUUGAUGCUUCAGAGGACACACAAAGAGCACUUAGCAGACAGAAACGCUGAGCUGGAGCGAGUGAACAGAAUCAACCAAAGCUUGCAGGACGACUGGGAAAGAAGUGCUGUGAUGAAGAAGCAGCGGGACUUGGAGGAAAAGGCUUUUGAGCGGGCUUCGGACAAGCUCUUCCUCCUGGACCAGUGCGAGAAGUAUCGGCGCUGCAGGCAGUGCCAGAGGCGCACCUCCAACGUGGGCGAGAGCAACCUGUGGCCCUUGAACAAGUACAUGCAUGGCUCCCGGCUCUUUCUAUAAAACCAAAGUUUGGGCCUGCGUUUCCUGGGGAAAGUUUUUCUUUUUAAACUGUUUAGGGGGGAUGGUGAAACGACAUAUUUGCACUUUAGAGGAAACAAAAUAUAUUGUACCAUUUUGGUGCUUUCAGAUGUGGACUGAAUUCACAUUGAUGGGGUCUCCCCUUCUGUCUUCCUCCUGUUUCUCCCCCACCGCAACCCUGUAGCUGCUAGGCAAGGGAUUCUGGCUGAGGGGGUGCUGCUGACCCAGCCCUGUGUGCUGAUGUGUAAGAAACUUAUGUUUUCCUCACCUGUAAUGAAUGUACCUUCUACGUGCUUGUGCACAACAAAUCAUAAUGGUAAAUUUUAUCACCGCUCCCCCAGCCCUAGAUUUUUCCAGAGGACAGUAUGUGUGAACCAACCAUAGGUAGGUUAAGCUAUUUGCCUCACGUGGUCUGAGCAUGUUGUCUGUCUAGUUGAUGACACACCUGGGACUUGUUGGACCUUAGGGGGUAUUGUUCCCUUGGGGAUCUUCCAACCAGCAAUCUUGCAUCUAGCCAUUUCUGCACCAUGAUAUUCUUGGGAUAAGUGUGUGCUGGAAGGGGAGCCUGGCAAGGUCCACCUUCUUCUCUCAUUGCUUCUCUUGCAUCCAUUUUAAGCAGUACUGCUGUGGAAGAGAAGGGCUUCCCAUUAAGGAUUUUCAGUUAAGGCUAUGUGUUCCCAAUCCAAACUUUCUUCAUCUUCACCCCUUGUCUUUCCUCUCCCUGCCCUGCCCCCUCAGGUGAAACCAUUCACAGAGUGAGGUCCAGAUUCUGAAAUAUAAAAAACCCGGGAAGAAAGUCCCUUUUAGACUCUCUGCUUUCUGUCUGCCACAUCUUUCCCAGAAAAUGGGGAAAAGUCUAUAUGGAGAGACUCCAAAACAUUGUUUUUCCCUACUCUAAAUAUAAAAUAGGAAGGUUUUGAGCCCUGAAUAGUUAAGGGAAAAAUACUUACUCAAAUUGAUAUUGAGCAAAUUUUGUUGUCAAUGUUCUCUUUUACUAUGGAACUAAGUAUGAUCUCUGCUGACUGGUACUUUCUAGAACACUUCCCCCCAUGCUUCCUACACUGCCACUUCCUUCCAUUUCCUCAGAAGUCCCCUCCAAGCAGAAAGUCCAAUCAUCACCAACCAAUAUUUAAAACAACAGCCAUUCCCUGGGACUGCUCAACUUACU